UUGUGCCAAUUCUUCUGUCUUCACAGUGUCAGUGAAGCUGCUGAGAGACGCUGCAACCAUGGCUGCAACUGGAUCUUUCCGUAUGGUGUCAGAGGAUGAGCAGGCCAUGAGGUCUAAACUGGAGCAUUUGACAGUGAAGGAUCAUGGGCCGGUGUUUGGGCCGUGUCAAAAACUGCCUGGACACACUGUGCAAAAGGCGAAGGAUGAGCUGGGUGAGACGGAGGAGAGGCGGGCGUCGUCCCUGAAGGACCUGCGGGCCAUGAUGAAGGAGAGAGCAGCAGAGGGAGACGACCUGGCCAAACUGGUGCUGGAGCGCUUCGGAGACAAACCGGACUCUCUUCUGCUGCGCUUCCUCAGAGCUCGCAAGUUUGAUGUUGUCAGAGCCCACGAGCUCCUGAAGGGUUAUGUACGCUUCAGGAAGGAGUACCCUGAACUGUUUGAGAACCUGACCCCUGAGGCGGUCCGCAGCACCAUCGAGGCAGGUUACCCUGUGGUUCUGCCCAGCAGGGACAAGUACGGCCGUGUGGUUAUGCUCUUCAACAUCGAGAACUGGGACCUGGAGGAGAUCACAUUCGAUGAGAUCUUAAGAGCAUACUGUGUGAUCCUGGAGAAGCUGCUUGAGAAUGAAGAAACCCAGAUCAAUGGAUUUGUCCUGAUUGAGAAUUUCAAGGGCUUCACCAUGCAGCACGCCUCAGGAAUAAAGCCGGCCGAGCUCAAGAAGAUGGUGGACAUGCUGCAGGACUCUUUCCCAGCCCGCUUCAAGGCGGUCCACGUUACCCACCAGCCGUGGUACUUCACCACAACCUACAAUGUGGUCAAACCCUUCAUGAAGAGCAAGCUGCUGGAGAGGGUCUUUGUUCACGGUGACGAGCUGGACAACUACUUCAAAGACUUCGAUGCAGACAUCCUGCCGGCAGAUUUCGAUGGGAAGGCCUCUGUUGCAGACUGCCAGGCCAUCGCCACCAAGCUUUUUGGCUCUGAAGACACUGCUCUCUGAGAGAACACCUCUCGUAUUUCUAACCCAACAGUUUUAGUGUCCUUCACCCUAGAUGCUUCUUUUGUGAUCAGAUCAGGUCUAUUUUGAAGCUAGGUUGACAUUUUUUUAAUUGUUAUUAUUUUUCGGGCAGUUCCUACGAGCAAAAAGAAGUAUCUAGAGUUAGGAGCAGGGGAUGGGUUCCAAACGAGUAAAUAUAUGGUGAUAUAAAUGGGAAAGAAAAAGGAUGUUUAGAUAUUACAGAGAGAAACAUUGAUGGUUUAUGUUUGUUACUUUACAGCAGUUACUUAACGAGCAGAGGGGAAACAAAGAAGUUGUUAACGUGAUGAUUUAGCUCACAUCCAGUAUGAGUGCAGUUUUGAGUUCUUCGCCAUAAACGUUAAUUUCGCAUCAUACAGAGCAGCCUUGUGCCUACAAUCCCGUCAGUUGAAUGAGAACAUAAGUUGUUCAGUCUCUGGGUUUUUUUUUUUUUUUGGAGAGAUAUGAAGAGGGAAAACUGAUAAAAGCCUGCAUUUGAUGAUUGUUAUAGGAGCAGGAGCCUCCUAAUGCAGUGCCAAGUUAACAGUCUCAACAGCCUUGUUUGAGUUGUGACUCUCAGAUGCCUGAUGUACCACAGAAAUCCAUUCUGCAUUUUGCACUGGAUUGGGAAAUUUUCAAUUAAAAUGAUUUUGUGUGUGUA